AUGCAAAGUUCCCUGUCGAUUUGGACAGAUUCUGUCAACGAGCAAGCUUUGGAGGGUAAUGAAACUUGUAAAAAAGUUUCUCGAAGCCUCUCGUCUACUUUGAGUGCAAACACAGUGACAAAUCGGCAUAAAUCACGCCUUGUGCCUGUCACAAUACAUCCCCUCGAUCAACCAGAGUCAACUUCCUCAACUGUACCAAGCAAGACUUUUAAUUCCUCUACAAACCUUGAGAAAGAACAAUCUUUUACAACAUCGUAUAGCGACCUUUAUUUGUUUUCCGAAAUAGGAGGAUCGAAUACGAUCAAGAAACGUCCCGGUUUACCAGAUUUUAACAAAGUCACAAAUUCAUAUGGUAGCGAUACUAACGGCAAUAAAAUUGAAUUAGAGAAAAAAAUGGUUAUCGUUCACACCAUUAAACCAUCAGACACAUUAGCCGGCAUAGCAUUGUUUUAUGGAAUUGAGCAGUUACCCUCUGCUCAAUUGACUUAUUUUCCCCCGCAUCUUUCGGCGGCAUGUUCUGCAAAAUCAAAUCCAGACUUCCCAUCGCAAUCGCCUUCUCCAAUGCCCGUAACACAUCUUAGUAAGAACGAUCCCCAUGUUCAAAUUUCCUUUCCUCGACCAACGAUCGCAACAGAUAGUCGACCCACUAUUGUGGAUAAAUUAUAUGCCAGAGCAAGUGAAAAAUAUAGAAAAAGUUUUGACUCAGUUAAGUACAGAAAGAUAGCUCGCGGCGAAUCAUCAAUAUCCUUGACCAAGAAAAAAGUGUAG